AUGAAAUUUGGUGGAUAUGAAAUCGAGAUACUGGUUGAAGACAAGCCUUUGAAAGAAUAUUAUGUUCCCGUUUCUGAAGGAGUUGUUACCGCCACAGGACCCUCAUACUUUUUUGAUGCUGUGACCGGUGAAAAGUUGAUAAGUUCAGAGGUAACCUACGCAUCCGUAGUCAGACCCAAUACUCGGUUUGCAAUUAAAUUAGUUGCACAAGAUGCAAACCCAGAAAAUCGCAUAUUGGCCGAAGUAUAUGUCGACGGAAAAACAGAUCACCGCGGGAAACAUAUAAGAAACGCUAAUCCCCGCAAAAAAGAAUAUUUUAGGAGCUCAGAUAGGACGAAGAAUCAACAACAGUCCACGUCUUUGAACAAUUCAUUCCGGAGCAUCAAAAAUCUAGAAUUGGAUGAAAAAGAAAUGAAAAAAUUGGGAGGCCCUGGAGCGGUUUCAGUAUAUUUUUACCGAGCAGAAUGUAUAACUAAGGAAACUGUGCAAUCACCACAAAAAUAUGAGCAAAGAUUUGAUAAAGAAACCGAAUUAAGUGAUGAAAGGAGGGACAUGGGAACAGAAGGAACAUCCGAAUACUUAUACUUCACGUCAUUUGACGAAGUAGUAGAUAGCCCUUUGAGUAAAGAAUCGAGGUAUGCGACAAUGAAUGACUUUGAUCUCGAACCUAUUGCUGCACUACAUUUGCAUUAUAGGCCCGAGAGUUGGAUUUUAGAUCAAGGCUUCAGUGCUGUUGGUGAGAAGGAUAAAGUACCGGAGUAUACAGAAGAUUGUGAAGAUUUGGAAACCACAUGGGAUGAUGGAUCAAAUAAAGAGAUGGGAGACAUUGAAAUGGUAAAUGGGGAAACUAACACAUAUUCAAUGGGUAUUUAUCCUUCCGGCAAGUUUGAUCCCUCAGGAGCUAACAUUGGAAAUCUAGAUUUGCAUAAUAAUUCAAAAGGUACAACCAAAAAAUUUCCCAAAACUUCUCUCAAACCAUCUUUUAGUGCUCCGAACAAUACUGAUUGUAGUAAUCCAAUAAACAAAAAAAAUUUACCUACCUAUGUAAAAUUUACAACCAUAACGGUUACAGCUACUUCUACUACGAUCGAUCUAUCAAAUAGUAGUAAUACUAUGACAGAUACAAAUAUUAUUAUGGACGAAGAUAUUUUGGAUGAUUCAUUGGUUGAGACCAACUUAGCAGAUAAAUUUAAACAUAGUGUGAACAUUGGCGGCAAUAAGGGCAACAAGGAAAAUGGUGACAAUAGACUUGGAUGUGAUGGCAAAAAAGUUAAUUCAAUUGGUGGGCAAAAUAGGGAUUUGGAAGAGGAUCAAUCUGAAUAUGAUAUAGUUAGAAGCGAUGAUUUGGAGAAGAGUUUUGGGAAAGACAAUAAAAGAAAGAACGGGAUGAAUUAUAAUUCAUCUGGUAAAGUCUGUGACACAUUAAAUGACGAUAAUAGAAAUACAAAAAGAAUUAAACACUACGAAACAAAUGAAAAUGCGGCUGAAAAUGAUGAAAGAAUAGAUAAUUUCUUUAUUAAACGCCUCUAUAGAAUAAAAGAGAAUAGGAAAAAUGGGAUGGCACAAAAUAAGUCAAAUGAGAAACAACAAGAAUUCCAAAAGGAAAAGACCACUAGUGUCGGGGCCAUAUCGCAGGCUAAACAACAGACACAAGUAACUUCACAAUAUCCUUAUUCACAAAAGAAAAUCGAAAGUAAGGAAGUUAUGGAAACAUCACGGAAAAAUCAAGUCUCACUAGAAACGGAGGAAACACGGAGAGAACAGCAAAUCUCACAAGAAACGGAGACAUCACAUAGAGAACAGCAAGUCUCACAAGAAAACUCGCAGAAAAUUUUGCAAAAACAACUAAAUGUUAAGAAAUCAGAUGUUGGACUUACGAAGAUAUUACAGGAUGAGCAACGAAAUCCAAAAGAUAAGCAGAGGUUUUUUUCGCAAAGAAACCUAGAGAGCGGUACUUCUGGAAUUGGUAACACAAACAUAUCACAAGAAUGUCCAAUGAAUGUUUUUACACAGAAGACAUUAGAAAGCUCAGGUUUUGACACCAAUAUUCAGGAUAAACAACAAACCAUGAAAGAUAAUGAAAUUUUGUAUGAUUGUCCAACAAUCGAUCAAAGUGUGAAUCCAAGUGAUAAUCCUUCGAAUUUUAAUUAUAUCGUUGAGCAUAAUAGGAAAAGAAAGCACGUGGAGGAUAUAUCAGAUAUUAGUGAAGGAAGGUAUAUAAAAAAAGAAUUUAAGGAAGUAAGUGUGAAGAAAGAAGUUGAUUUCGAAGAGGAAAUGGGCAAUAAUAUGAAAGCGAAUGAAAAAUCCGGGAGCAGAGAUAUUUCAAAACGAAAAUUUUACGCAGUAAAUCAUUGA